AUGGCCCAAAUAAGAGGAACAGCGGGCUACCACCUCGGCAACCAAAACGCCUUUGGUCCCGGCUCAAGCCAACACGGCGGAGGCAUGAAUUCCGCCACCAAUGACCCUUCGCCUCUGGAUGCUAUCAGGCAGCAGACGAGCAAGAUCGAGGACUGGCUGGAUACCAUCUCGGACCCGGUCAAGCCGUAUCUGCCUAUGAUCGGGAGGUUCUUGAUCGUGGUGACGUUUUUGGAGGAUGCGUUGAGGAUUCUUACGCAGUGGAAUGAUCAGUUGGUCUAUUUGCAUGAUUAUCGACAUAUCCCACGAGGCAUCACCCACCUCUUCCUCAUCAUCAAUGUCAUUGCCAUGACCGCUUCUUCCGUCCUCAUCAUCGCUCGCCGCUACAGCGAGUACGCCGUCAUGGGCCUCAUCGGCGUCGUUGUCACGCAAGCGCUCGGCUACGGUCUCAUCUUUGACCUGAACUUCUUCCUCCGCAAUUUGAGCGUCAUGGGUGGUCUCUUGAUGGUGCUGAGUGACAGCUGGGUGAGGAAGAAGUUCGCUCCUGCAGGCUUGCCACAAUUGGAUGAGAAGGAUCGUAAGAUGUAUUUUCAGUUGGCUGGACGUGUGCUUUUGAUCUUCUUGUUUGUGGGCUUUGUGUUUGCUGGCGAGUGGAGUGUAGGAAGGGUGAUUGUCAUUGUCAUCGGAGCUGUGGCUUGUGUGAUGGUUGCUGUGGGAUUCAAGGCAAAGUGGAGUGCGAUUAUCUUGGUCAUGAUCUUGAGUGUGUUUAACAUUUUGGUCAACAACUUCUGGACGCUGCACCCACACCACCCUCACAAGGACUUCGCAAAGUACGAUUUCUUCCAGAUUCUGUCCAUCGUGGGCGGGCUUCUAUUGCUCGUCAACAUGGGUCCGGGACAGGUGAGCUUCGACGAGAAGAAGAAGGUGUACUAG